AACAAUAAUUGAGUUUGUGAGAGAUUCACUGAUGACCAAAAUUUAGGCCUGAAAAAACUUCUAUUACUAGCAUAUAAGAACAAACCAAAUUCCCAGUUGCUUCCUUCUGAACUUCCAAUCAUUCACCAUGCAACACUACACUGACACACAAGCAAACAUACAACAAAAAAAUGUCGCUUGUGGUCCUCAACUUCUUUUUCACUUUUUUUUUUCUUUCACCUUUUCUCCCUUCAUUUCUUCGAAGUCCCACAAACUUUGAUCUCAACAUUUCACCAACACUCCAUUAUUUAUACCUCUCCUUCUCCUGCAAUGGAAGCUACAGGCUUCAGAAGAAAGUGUGCUUCGAAAGCAAACAUGAAUAAGGAUUUCAUGGCUGAUCAAGAUUUUGACAAUGACAUGGAGGAAGAAGAAGAAGAGGGUGUUGGUGAUCAUGGUUUUCCAGAUGAUGAAAAGAAGAAGAAAGCAUAUGGGAGGAAAGGGUCAAGUGGUGCUGGGGGUGUGUCACGUCCUUCUUGUCAAGUGGAGAAUUGUGGCCUUGAUUUAUCGGAUGUCAAGCGAUACCACAGGCGCCAUAAGGUGUGUGAGAUUCAUGCUAAGGCACCGGUUGUGGUUGUUGCUGGUAUCAGGCAGCGCUUCUGUCAGCAAUGCAGCAGGUUUCAUGAGCUAUCAGAGUUUGAUGAAGCAAAAAGGAGCUGUCGUAGGCGUCUGGCCGGACACAACGAAAGGCGUAGGAAGACUUCAGCUGAAUCAUCUGCAGAAGGUUCAAGUCGCAAAGGGAUGAGUCCUCAGUUGAAAGAGAGUCAUUGCAGGCAGGCUGAUGAUCAAAGAGCCAGAGUUCCAAUAGCAAUCCCAGGCAAUUCAUCCUUUAAGCGUUCCCAGAUUAGAUAAGGAGCUUGAGGACCAAAACAUCAUCAGCAUAUGCUCCCUCUCUUCUGUCAUGGUUCAUGUC